CAAUGGCGUCUGCCUAUCAAGCGAAAUCUUUGUACGACUUCGACAGCAAAGACAAGAGGCUGUUGAGCUUUAAACAAGACGAAAAGUUCAUUGUUAUUGAGCAACUAUGCAAGGAUCCAAAUUGGUACUAUGCUGUGAGCGAGAAAGGAAUAGCUGGAUUUGUUCCGGUCACCUACAUCCUCCGGGAAGAGAGCGAUCGAGAGGAGUUCCUGGAGCUUGUGGAGAAAGCACUCGAAGCACUCCAAAACAGCACAGCGAGCCUGGAUGAAGGAAAUACUAGUUUCAUGAGCUUGCAGAGGAAAGCCCUUAGGUACAGUAACGCUCUUUUACGACUGCAUCAUCUCAAAGAGAGUUUGCGAAGUACAUGUGAAGGGCCACUGCGGGACACUCCACGAGAGACUGCUUUGGGCCACCAGUCGCCUAGUGACUUUCUACAGGAAGAAUACUCGCGAAUCAAUUCAGACUGGAUCUCUGAAAAUCUUGCUGGGGCCGACCUCUGUUCUUUGGAACCAAGCCCCCGUUCCCAGCCAAGCAAGCGAUCUGCCUCCUUGACUGCUGCUGUAGAGGAUCCUCACCUGCCAACCCUGGCUGCAGAGUUGAUUGAACAAGUUCGAAGCCAGACACAGCUGAGCCAUAGCCUUUCACGAGUUGCUGUAUUGGCUGUGCUUCGCUGCCUUUCCACAUCCUUGCCAGGCUCAUCGUGCCCUUGGGAAGCUCUUCUGGAAAGUGUACUCAAGGCUGAGGAGUGUGAGAAACCCUUGGUGGCCAGCCAGGAUGGGGACCGGCUCCAGCUGAUUUUUCGGAGGCUAUGGAACUGCAAAAAUGAUGACCAGCAACGCAGUUGGCCAAUUCAUGAGGAUGAAGCACUCAUCCUGGGUCUUCUAGAAGAGCUGUACACCAUCUUGGUUGAUGCUGAUCCUAGAGUCUCCCGAUCAAUUGUGCAAGCUGAUGAAUAUGACUAUGUCUCAGCUCUAGCCCUCUACUAUCAAAUGGAACCACGAGCCUCAUUGCGUGUGUGGAUGCUGAGAGUGUUCCUAACCCUGUGUGAGCUGGACCUGCAGGUGGUCUCACUGCUGUUGCACUCAGUGCUACCUAUGGAGCUGGCACGUGACCUUCAAUCAAACACUGACGACAUAGAGAGAAUGAAGUAUACAGCACUUCUCCUGACUGUCAUCUUUUCUACUGGAGAAAAACCACCAAAUAGUGUCUAUGAGCACGUGGGUGAACGGUUUGUGACGUUUCUGCUGGACACAAUCGAAUCUGUUGAAGUAGAGGAAGAAGUAGCAGAGCUUUCACUGGGCACACUACUCUCUCUCAACCUGCAUCUUCAGUCUGAAGCGGAUAAUUUUGUUCUUCGGACGCUAGCAACCCGCAAAGAUGCCCGGGCACUUACCGAACGGCUCAUGCUACUUGUCAACAGAGAAGAUGACCCUGCUCGAGUGCUCACCCAUGAAGUUACUGGAGUUCCUAACUCAGUGUUGAAGAUGCUUGCUGAGCUCUUCUCUGACAGCACAACAGCAGAACUUUUCUACUUGAACGAUGUUGCUGUCUUGGUGGACAUUGUAGCCAGGCAGCUAAGUGACCUGUCACCUGGUGAUAAGCGAAGACUUCUGUAUCUUUCCUUGGUGGAGCACUUACUUGGUUCUACGCAAUAUGAAGGUCAUCGUCAAGCAGAGCUUCAUCGCUGCUUUGAGGGUGCACUCACACACGAUGAGUCGUCAGCUGAGGAAAAGGAGAUUGUGCGUCGCAUUCAGAUGAACUGGCCUCAGUGGUUUCGUACAGACUGAGCCGGCAACCAUUUUGCAUGACAUCUUCCAAGACUUUUGGCAAGCCAAUUGAUGGGGCUGCAGUUUGAUGGACCCCCAAUUUUUGUUUGUUUUACCAUGGUUGGAUUGUCCUUCAUGUGCUUUCUUAUGCAUUGCAUGCAGUCAAUGACUGUUUGUACCAGAACUUUUACUUAAUUUCUUUUUCUACAACUUCGUUGCUUUUACAGUUUUUUUUUUUCUGGGACCAAGCUUUGUCUUAAUCCUGCCCUGUCUGUCCCUUCCCCAAUUUCCUUCCUAUUUAUUUAUGCUUUUUUUUUCCAGAGAAUUUGAUGUGGGGAUGUCUUCUUUCAGUGAGUGAACUACGCCAAAAAAUUGUGAGAAAAUUGUGCAGUGCAUGAUAAUGCUGCCGCUGCAACUUCUGUGCCUUCAGUUUAUUCCUUUUUUCUUUCAUGAAGGUGUAGUGUGUGGCAGGCUUUGUGUGUUUGCUCUAUGGCAUGUUCAUUGUUUAACUAGCCUACUUUCAUCUGGUACAAUACUCUUAAGCAAGUCUCUUGCGUGAUGGCCAUGCCUCAU